AAGUCAUUCAAUUCGGUAUAUUGUACAGUUUAUAAUAAAUCAAGGAAUUAUGAAGUUAUUAAUUGUUUCAGUCACAAUUUUAAUUGCAUUAAAUUAUGCCUAUGCAGGCGAAAAGAAAGGUGGCAUGAUGAAAGCUAUAGCUGGAAAGUGCAAAAAACAGGAAAAUGCUUCGGACGAUGAUGUCGAUAAGAUGUCAAAGGGCGAACCUAUACAAACAAAGGAAGGAAAAUGUAUGGCUGCAUGCUUGGGAGAACAGUUUGGAAUGCUCAAAGACAACAAGCUAGCAACCGACGGUGCAAUUAAGAAAAUUUCAAAAAUGAUGGGAAAGGACGAAGACAAGAAACAGAAAUUAGAAGAAUCUCUUAGUGCUUGUGCUGAAACAACAGACGCCGACAGAUGUGAAGCUGCUGACAAAAUCUUUCAGUGCUUAAAGACCGAGACUAGCAAACGUGGCUUAGAUUUCCUUAAUUAA